AUGUCCCUUCCAACUGCUGUGAGGAUACUUGAUGCCUGUAUUUGGCGCACACUAGAUUCAAAGCAGUCACUAAGUGGUGAUGAAGAAAGGUGUAUUCAAACGAUGUUGACUACCGCGACGGUAGUGGAGGGCCGCGGAAGAUGCCUCCCGAUCAAGGACACGUUGGAAUUGCAAGAGAUAUGCCAGAAAUGCUGGAAUUUAACCGCACUCCGGAGGUGGCCGAUAGAACGCCUCAAACUCAAGGCACUCUAUCGUAAUUUGAUCACCCACCUGUAUCUUAUAGGAAACAACUUUUUUGCUCCUCCGACGGUGCGGAUGAGCUACCUUUCAAAUCAUCGUAGAGAGGCUGAACAAUGCAUCCUCAUGUGCCUGAAGACGGCGAAGAAUUUAUCUUCUCAGAACAUGAGCGAGGUUGCCAAAGAGCUUUUGGAGCACGCGACGGCGACGAGUAAUUGCUGCACCCGCAGAUCCGAAUCCAGGCUUGAUUAUCUCGCCUUAGAGAUAUUGUUUUCUAGGAUGUACGUUUUGAAGGAUUUGAAAGAAUACACCGCGUCAGCAGAAGUGGCCGUUCAGCUUUGCAACGAAACGCAGCACCAUUACCACACCUACCGAGAGAGUCUUCUGCAGUUUAUCUUUUCGGUAGGGGAGGGCCCAGCCGCGGAUGAGAAUCCCAAAAGUAAUGAAGAAAGCAGCUCCAAUAAGAUGGUUAACCCCAAAGACAAAGGUCAUGAAGAGUAUAUCCGACAACUUCUGCAGCUUUCCAUUAAUAUUCAGGAGAUGGAGGGGCUUACUCUUCGACGCCAGCAGGCGCUUUACGGCGCAACGCUCUUGCAGAUAGCGGCCUCUUUUAUGCGCAGCGGUCUUUACGUGGAGGGCCUGCACUACAGUGAAAAGGCUUACGAGGCGCUUCAAUCCUUGGAGCCGGUCUUACUCCAGCUCAAGGCGCAUGCCCUGCUGCACCACCACGAAGACGCGAUGGGGCUAUUCCGGCAAAUCCUCCUGAACCCUGAGGGGGAUUUCACCCUGGAGGAGAUCUUCUCCCUCGCGUCGUUGGUUCUGCAGAGCAAUCCCGAACUCGCGGAGCCGAUGAGCGACUUCCUCACGCACCAAACAGGGGAAGGCCCGGGCGCCCCCCUGUCCCUUUCGCUGUCAACGCCGACCCCGUGGGACCUUACCACGAUGGGGGAGUUCAACCUACGCUACGUCUGCCUGAUCCUCCCCCUCAGGACGGCUUGGGGGCUGAGGGCGGUCUGUGCGAGGCUCGAGCACGUCCGGGCCGCACAACCCGACGCCCUGGGGCAGGGCGCGCGGCUUUACUUCUGCGCGCUCUGGAGUACGCGGGAGUGGGAGGAGGUGGGGGAGGAGCUCCGCCGGCGCGCCCUACAACUUGCCCUGGGCUUUGACAUGGUCGCCUCCGAGGAGGAGUUGGAGGGGGUCCUGCUCGAUCUCGCGAUCCUGACCUUUGACAACUUCCUCAAGACUGAGGAAAAAGAGGGGGUAAGGGAGUGCUAUCAGCUAUUUCUCGCGCACCGACCCGUGCUGCGGAGUGUGCAUAGCCUCACCUACCUUGCGCAGUUGGCGCUUGUCUCGGGGUCUGACGAGGAGGCCGCGCAGCGGCAUCUACGCGAGCUACUCACCUAUAAACGCCAAACUAACAUUGAAGCGGACGAAGAAGGGGAGAAUAUCGUUGCCGCAGCGUGUGGAACGCUUGUUAACUUUUUCCACUCGUUGGAUGACCUCACGACAGCGUCUAAAAUUGCAGAGAUGGUGAUUGCGGAGGGUGGUGAGCACACAGAUGAAGACCGGAUCGAUUUUUUAAAGGUCUGUGCCCUACGCUUUCUUUCCAAUGCGGAGGAGUCUCCUGAUUCGUCGCUUGCGGUAGCAACCCUUCUAACGCAACAUAUCUUACCGACCUUGAAAAAGCGCCCUGCAUUGAGUUCUUCUGAGUACUUUUGGUGGUGUCGUUUUUUAUUUUACAUCAGCGAUGUUAUUUCAAAAGUGGAGGUUAACGUGGGGAUCGAAAUUGACUGCGUUGCUGUGGAGCUUUUUCAGUCUAAUUGUGAUUGUUCACUCGAAGAGAACAAAAACAUGCUCCGCAACCAGACGAUUUUUAUUUUGGAUCGAGAGUUCGAUUUGUUCGUGUAUGGAAUGCCCACAUUGUCGGUAGAAAGUAUCGCCUCGUUCAUCUCGCUAGUCCAGAAAAGUGACAACUCCGAAGACAACUCGACAGAUAGGGUAACCGCUUUUCUGAGCCGCGUUGAAGUAAACCUCCGCACGCUUCCAUCAGGGGUCUCCAUGGAAGAAGUAAAAAGGAUGGUAAACUUAGAAAAGCUUAUCGCUGCUGGGGCAUCACACUAUGACUUGGAGGCUCUUGCCAACGCGAUCACCUUUAUCGGGAAUCAGCUUGACAAUGAUGCGGCCCUUCAGUACUCAUUAACCGUGCAGCUUGCUUCUGCCGCCCUGUACGGCGAAAGUCUAAAGAAAUCAUCUUCAGAUUCACCUCGAAAAAGUUAUGAAGUGCCCCACACGCCGGAUGCCCUGGCAUCGUUGGUGAUUAUGUAUUAUAAAGCUUAUCAGAUGGCAACAAACACCGCGCAGCGCGAGGAAGUUCUUAAGGCCGUGAAGGAAAAAGUGCUCUGCAACCUAUCCCCCUCUCAGACGAUUCAGGAAUACCUAGAGGAAUGGGCGAAGGAUGAGGAAGAGGAUUUGGGAAAUGCAAUCGGCGAAAAGAUGGAGAUUAUUCUUGAGUACUUCGCGGUUGAAGCUUGGAAUAGAGCGGUUCGUUUUAACACUGUUCGCAAUAACGAGCAGAUGUGCAGCUGGCGGGAUCUGGCGGAAAUCUUUGCGCACGUCUUGUCGACGGGAAAUCCCUCCAAAAUCGCUAUCAUAGAUUUUUUGCCUGAAAUGCCCGAGAUAUAG